CAGAUGUUAUGGGCAUCGACGAGUUACCGUCUCGGAAACUCUCAAUCACGCAAGCGAAAGGAGAGGAGGCGGCUAAUUAAAUAUUGAGCAGAAAGUCGCGUGGGGAGAAUGUCACGUGGGUUUGGAGGCUCGAGGAGGCUGGGAUAAAUACCGCAAGGCACUCAGCAGGCGAAAGAGCGCGCUCGGACCUCCUCCUUCCCGCAGCCACCGAGAGUGCGGAGCGACCAGCGUGCACUCGGAGGAACCAGAGGAACCCAGCACCCCGCGGGACUGUCAGUCGCAAAAUUCAACAUGAAAAUCCUCGUGGCCUUGGCAGUCUUUUUUCUCGUCUCCACUCAGCUGUUUGCAGAAGAAAUAGGAGCCAAUGACGAUCUGAAUUACUGGUCCGACUGGUCCGACAGCGACCAGAUCAAGGAGGAACUGCCUGAGCCCUUUGAGCAUCUUCUGCAGAGAAUCGCCCGGAGACCCAAGCCUCAGCAGUUCUUUGGAUUAAUGGGCAAACGGGAUGCUGAUUCCUCAAUUGAAAAACAAGUGGCCCUGUUAAAGGCUCUUUAUGGACAUGGCCAGAUCUCUCACAAAAGGCAUAAAACAGAUUCCUUUGUUGGACUAAUGGGCAAAAGAGCUUUAAAUUCUGUGGCUUAUGAAAGGAGUGCAAUGCAGAAUUAUGAAAGAAGACGUUAAUAAACUACCUGACGUUAUUUAUUCAGCUUCAUUUGUGUCAAUGGGCAAGGAAAGGUAAAAUAAGACAUGCACUAUGAGGAAUAAUUAUUUAUUUAAUAACAGUUGUUUGGGGUUGAAAUUUCAAAAAGUGUUUAUUUUUCAUAUUGUGCUAAUAUGUGUUGUAAACAUGUUUUAAUUCCAAUAUGACUCCCUUAAAAUAGAAAUAAGUGGUUAUUUCUCAACAAAGCACAGUGUUCAAUGAAAUUGUAAAACCUGUCAACGAUACAGUCCCUAAAGAAAAAAAUCAUUGCUUUGAAGCAGUUGUGUCAGCUACUGCGGAAACGGCGGGAAACUCCUGACAGUCUUGUGCUUUUCCUAUUUGUUUCCAUGGUGAAAAUGUACUGAGAUUUUGGUAUUACACUAUAUUUGUAUCUCUGAAGCAUGUUUCAUGUUUUGUGACUAUAUAGAGAUGUUUUUAAAAGUUUUAAUGUGAUUCUAAAGUUUUCAUUUCAUUGUACGAUGUGUUGUGAUAGUUAACAUUUUAAAUAAAAGAAAAAAUAUCUUGAA